AUGGUCACGAUAGACGAGAAGAUCAACGACAAGGAGGCUCCUGGAGUCUCUGAAUGGGUGGAAAACGCCGGCAACGAGGUAGACGACUUCUCCAAGAAGGAGUACGCCGACCUUGCAUCCGAGCUCCUCGCCUCGGGUCACGUCCCGCUCACCCACGAUGAGCUCCUCGCUCUCGAGGCCAAGCUCCCCGAGAUGCCCAUCACCAAGGCUAGGGAGAUUAUGAGCGACCUCUACCCUAUCCACCUCAACGAUCCCAGGUACUCGCCUGACGAGCUUGAGAGGAUGAGGAUGUUCACACAGGACCCCGACGUCAUCGCCAACCCCGAGCGCCACGCCCUCUUGGUGUACGAGAUGCAGAUUUCCACUCUUCUGUCCACCACCAGCUCGCCGUACGCCGAGGUCCGUGCUGUGGCUUCCGACACAGACGACCCGGAGAUGCCAUCCCUCACCAUCCGUGUCUUUGUCCUCGGCACUGUCCUGGCCGGCAUUGGCUGUGUUAUCAACGCAGUGUUCGGACUCCGAUACCCUGGUAUCGGUAUCUCUGCGGGCAUGGUGCAGCUCCUGUCGUACCCCUUCGGUGUGGCGUGGGCCAAGAUUAUGCCCCACUGGCACAUUUUCGGUCUCCCCCUUAACCCCGGCAAAUUCAACAAGAAGGAACACAUGUUGAUCUACGUCAUGUCCGUUCUUGGUGUGACGUACCCUCCCACCCAGCACCUCAUCUUCGUUCAGGCCAUGCCCCAAUACUUCAACAUGGAGUAUGCCCGUAAGCCUGGAUACCAGUUCCUUGGUGCCCUCGGUACCAACCUUAUCGGUUUCGGUUUUGCCGGCUUGACCAGGCGUUUCCUCGUCUACCCGUCGUACUGCAUUUGGCCCGCUUCGCUGGGUACCAUUGCCAUCAACAACGCUCUCCACGAGAAGAGCGGUGAGAAGACUCCCGUCAAGGGUCCUUUCGGCACGACUUGGCGUGCCAGCAUGUACAAGUGCUUCUGGAUCGUCUUCGGCAUCGAAUUCUUCUACUACUUCUUCCCCUCGUACAUCUUUACCAACCUCACUAUCUUUGACUGGAUGGCAUGGAUCAAGCCCACCAACGGCAAGCUUGUCGCCGUUGUCAGCGCCAACUGGAGUGUUGGUUUCGGCUUCAACCCACUGUCGACCUUUGACUACGCCUAUCUGACCAACCCUGGCGGAUACUACCCUCAGUUUAUCCAUUACAACUACUUCCUUGGAAUCACUGCUGGUAUGGUUGUCUCUCUUAUUGUGUGGUCUCGUAACGGCUGGAGCACUGGUUACCUUCCGGUCAACGCCUCUACGACCUACGACAACACUGGCAGCUCAUACUCGGUCACCAACAUUAUCGAUGCCAACGGUGUCCUCGACGAGGCCAAGUACCAGAAGUACUCUGCUCCCUACAUGUCUGCCGCGACUGUUGUCUCGACUAUUGGCUGCUUCAUGUUCACUGCGUCGACCCUCACCCACACCCUCCUCUACAACUACGGCGAGAUGAAGAUGGGCUUUAAGAGUUUCUUCCGUGACUUCAAGAACUGGUUCCGCCGCAUGAGGAAGCUUCCCCAGGAGGAGGCGCUCGAGCUCAAGAACCCCGACAUCCACCGCAAGCUGAUGCAGGCAUACCCCGAAGUCCCGGAGUGGUGGUUCCUCUGCAUCAUUGCCUUUGCUGCGCUCGUCUCGUUCCUCUGCCUGGGCAUCUACACGCCCGUCAACCCCGCAGUCGUCCUCGCUGCCCCCAUCAUCACUUUGAUCUUCAUCAUCCCGAUCGGCAUCGUCUCGUCCAUCUCGGGCAUGCAGCCGUCGCUCAACGUCAUCUCGGAGAUGUUUGGGGGUCUUAUCGCCGGUGGCGACACAAUGUUCGUGCAGUACUUCCGCAUGUUUGGCUCCGAGCCCGUGUACCACGCCCUUAUUUACGCCAACGACCUCAAGCUCGGCCAAUACGUCCACAUCCCGCCUCGUCACAUGUUCAUUGCCCAGAUGUGGGGCGCGGUCAUCGGCACUGUCCUCACCGUCUCCCAGUGGGAGUGGCUCAUGGCGCUUCCCGGCAUCUGCACGCCCGACGCGCCCUUCCGCCUGAUCUGCCCCGACGAGCAGUACAACUACACUUCGUUCAUCUUCUGGGGCACUAUCGGUGCCAAGCGCCUCUUUGGGCCCAACGGACGCUACCGCCUGCUCCUCAUCGGCUUCCCUCUCGGUGUUGCCAUCCCCAUCAUGUUCUUCUUCCUCAAGAAGCGUUUCCCCCGCUCCAAGAUCCUCCAGUCCACCCACCCUUUGCUCAUCACGCUCGCGUUCGGCUACUUCAUCACUGGCCACUGGGGCGCGUACUUCCCGGGCGUGUGCAUCAACUGGUUCUCGUGGAACUUCCUCAAGGUCCACUACCUCGAGUUCUGGUCGCGCUACAACUAUGUCACCCUCGGCGCCAUCAGCUCGUCGUACCCCAUCAGCGCCAUCCUCACCUUUGUGUCCCUCACGCUGCCCGGUGUCAGCUUCCCCUCGUGGUGGGGCACGACCGGCGGCGCACCGGGCUGCAUUGGAAACUGGAACAACGCCGCGUGCUCGCCGUUCAAGAUCAACGAGACCCUGGGAUACUUUGGCCCUCCCCCCGGCCAGAUCCCUCACUAG